CUCAAAGCAGCAGCGACAACGUUUGCAUUCGUCCCCCCUGUGUUCCUUUUAUUUACACUCUCGCCCUCUCAAAUCCAAAAGCAGGACCGCGAGGAAAGCGGUCACGCGCCGCCAUGGGCUACGAGAACGCGCCGGGCGGCGGCGGCGCGGGGAAGCUUUCGCUCGCCAGCGUGGGCUUCGCCGGGGCAGGCGGGAACGGCGUGGGUGGCGGCUACAAGGAACUGCUCGUCAUGGCGCUGCCUAAUGACGACGGCCUCGACGGCGCCAAGGUCGCCGCGGUCAUCGGCGUCAGGCUGCCGGACGUUGGAGGGGCCGUGAGGGCUAUUUUGGGGCGCAGAGAGGUCAGAGAAUUUGCCAGUGGGGCAUUAGCUGGUGCUAUGUCUAAAGCUAUUCUGGCCCCUCUUGAGACUAUCAGGACAAGAAUGAUUGUAGGAGUAGGAUCUAGGCAUAUUUUUGGUAGUUUUGUGGAGAUCAUCGGACAAAAUGGGUGGCAAGGGCUUUGGGCCGGUAACACAAUCAACAUGAUCCGUAUUAUUCCAACACAAGCAGUUGAGCUCGGAACAUUCGAGUGUGUCAAAAGGAGCAUGGCAGAAGCACAAGAGAAAUGGAAACAGGAUGGAUAUCCAAAGAUACAACUUGGUAAUCUGAAAAUCGAACUUCCGCUCCACUUCUUAUCUCCGGUUGCUAUUGCUGGUGCAGCUGCUGGAAUAGCUGGCACAUUGACGUGCCAUCCUCUUGAAGUUAUUAAGGAUCGCUUGACAAUCAAUCGAGAGGUUUAUCCUAGCAUUAAUCUUGCCUUCAGCAAGAUCUACCGAACUGAUGGUAUUGGUGGUCUCUAUGCUGGCCUCUGUCCAACGCUAAUUGGCAUGCUUCCUUACAGCACAUGCUAUUAUUUUAUGUACGAUACAAUCAAGACCUCUUACUGCCGCUUACAUAAGAAGUCAUCUUUGACUCGUCCUGAGCUACUAGUUAUUGGAGCUCUGUCAGGUCUCACUGCAAGUACAAUUAGCUUCCCACUAGAAGUAGCGAGGAAGCGGCUAAUGGUCGGUGCUCUGCAGGGGAAGUGCCCGCCCAACAUGAUCGCCGCCUUGUCAGAAGUGAUCCAGGAGGAGGGCCUCUUGGGACUUUACCGUGGGUGGGGUGCGAGCUGCCUGAAGGUCAUGCCUAAUUCCGGCAUCACCUGGAUGUUCUACGAGGCAUGGAAGGAUAUCCUUCUGGCUGACAAGGACAAGCAGCACGCUUAAUGAACGAGCUGUUGAACAAUGAAGGCAUUGCCGUAGAUGAAGUUUGCUCCUUGGCAGGGAUUCCUGUUCCCUUUUCAGUUUUGGAAUCCCGCCCGUGCUGGUUAGAUAGGAUGCACCGCUCUUUUUGGCCGAUGAGUAGAAGCAUUUAUUGUUUCUCACCAAUUCAGAACAUCUAAGCACCAGUUUUUUUGUUUUUGUUUUUUGUUAGCAAACCGAAUUCAUGAGCUCGUAAUAUUAUGAAUGCAGUGAUUCAUCGAAAAGAAAAUAUUAUGAAGGAAAAAGGUUUAUUUUU